UUGGGGCUGUUCUUCUACAGCUCCAAGAGGACGGUACCAGGAAGCCGGUGUACUAUGCAUCUAGAUCCCUCUAAGAAACUGAGAAAAGGUACGCAGUCAUUGAGAAAGAGGCCCUGGCUGUGACAUGGGCUUGUGAAAAGUUUUCCGACUAUGUACUCGGAAUGAAGUUUACAGUGGAAACCGACCACAAGCCACUAGUACCCCUUUUCACUUCAACUGAUCUCUCCAAAAUGCCACCACGCAUCUUAAGAUUCAGAAUGCGUCUCAUGAGGUACGAACUCGACGUUGUAUACGUACCCGGCAAGGAACAAAUUACCGCAGACACAUUGUCAUGCGCCCCCAUCAAGAAGAAUGUAAAUGAGAACAUACAUCUUGUGGAGGAAGUGGAAAGCUUCACACAACAGAUCGUAGCAGGGCUUCCAGUAAUGCCUAAGCAGCUGCAAGAUAUCAGUGGAGCCCAAGACCAGGAUGAAGUAUGCAGGAUGAUCAAGAAGUACUGCCUAGAAGGAUGGCCGGCAUACAUGCCAAGUUCUACCAUACUCCGUUCAUACUGGGAGAAUAAGAAACAUUUAACUGUAAUAGACAAGAUUCUACUAUAUGAUGACGGUAUUGUGAUUCCAGCAGGAAUGAGGCUGGAAAUACUUGACCUCUUACAUCAAGGACACCUUGGGAUAACAAAGACGCAAGCACGAGGCAAGAUGUCUGUGUGGUGGCCGGCGAUUACUACAGCGAUAGCAGGCAUGGUGACGAAAUGUUUUACGUAUGCUAAGAACAGACCAGUGCCCAAGGAGCCCCUGAUGCCAUCGUCAUUCCCAUCCAAGCCAUGGGAAAGACUAGCCGCUGAUCUCUUUGAUCUAAAGGGAAAGAAACAUCUUAUUGUAGUUGACUACUACUCAAGGUGGACUGAAGUUAAAGCACUUCCAAGUGAAUUGUCCGAGUCAGUAAUCAAAGCCCGAGCCAAUAAUCAAAGCCCUGAAAGAAAUAUUUUCAACUCACGGAAUUCCAGACUUACUGGUGUCCGAUAACGGCCCACAGUUUGCUUGUAAAUCCUUCCAACUGUUUGCAAGUAUUUACGGGUUCACUCAUAUUACUAGCUCGCCAACGUACGCAAGAGGAAAUGGUGAAGUAGAGAGAGCGGUACGUACUGUCAAGGAUAUCCUGAAAAAGAACGAUGAUCCCUAUCUCGGUUUUCUAGCAUACCGAACAGCACCUCUUCACAAUGGCCUGGCGCCAUGCGAACUUCUGAUGAACCGCCAACUCCGCACCCAGUUACCAACCUUCCCUGACAAUCUACAACCAAACCUACGACUGAAAGACCUGGCAAAACUAGAUGCAAAAGAGGAACUGUACCGCAGCAACCAGAAAAGCAACCAUGACCGCAGAUACAAGGCAAAAGACCUACCAGAACUUCAGA